AUGAAUGAUGAAAAGAUGAACUCUCAACGAAAGAAGAAGAAUGGAACGUUGGAUUGGUUUGUUCAAAAGUCCAAAAAGAAUGAUGUAAGUUCUUCCCAAGUGCCAAUUUGUGUCUCAUCACCGACUCAACCUUCAGCAACUCAAGUCGAACAAGAAUUUUCUUUCCCUUCAAAUAAUAUGCCCCAAACUCAAGAAACCGAAAUGAGAUCUACAUGUAUUGCACAAGAUGAUAGUACAACAUUUGCAUCAAGAGAGGUGAAAAGCCAAGUUAAUGAUAUCUCUAUUCCACAUGAUCCGGCUAAAAGAAAAAAAUUUAUUGAUUAUCAUCCAAUGGAUCGAGAAACAGUGAGGAAAGAAUACAUACAAAGAGGUGCUUGCCAACCAAAGAAGCACAAAUUUCCUCAAACAAACUUCGGAGGAGGAUUGACAUUUCGUGGUCACGAUGAAUGUGAUGAAUCAAGUAACAAGGGAAAUUUUCUUGAACUUUUGAAUUUGAUUGCGGAAAAGAAUGAUGAUGUGGGAAAUGUUGUUUUGAAAAUUGCACCUAAAAAUAAUCAAAUGAUUGCACCUUUGAUUCAAAAAGAGCUUAUCAAUUGUUGUGCAAAAGAAACUACCAAGGCAAUUGUGGAAGAUCUUGGUAAGGAUUAUUUUGGAAUACUAGUACAUGCGUCAAGUGAUUUAUCUCAAAAAGAACAAAUAGCUUUGUGUUUCCGUUAUGUUGAUAAAAAAGGAAUGAUAAAGGAAUGGUUUCUUGGAAUUGUUCAUGUUGGAGAUACCACAUCUUUGUCUCUUAAAGAAACGAUCUUUUCUUUGCUUGAUGAGGAUUCUUUGAGUUUUUCAAGAAUUCACGGACAAGGGUACGAUGGAGCUAGUAAUAUGAAUGGUGAACUUAAUGGUCUCAAAACUCUAAUCAUGAGAGAAACACAAUCUGUAUACUACAUACAUUGUUUUGCUCACCAACUUCAAUUAACUCUUGUUGUCGUUUUUAAGAAAAAUAAAGACUGUGGUUGGUUUUUUGAUACACUUGGAGUUUUGUUGAAUGUUGUUGGAUCAUCAUGUAGGCGAAAAGAUUUGCUUAAAGGAAAACAAACUGAAAAAUUGUAA